AUGAGAAACCACACAGCAAUAACAACAUUCAUCCUUCUGGGAUUGACAGAAGAUCCUCAGCUGCAGGUUCUGCUUUUCAUGUUUCUAUUUAUCACCUACAUGUUGAGUGUAACAGGGAACCUGACCAUCAUCGCUCUCACCAUGUUGGAUCCCCACCUGAAAACAUCCAUGUACUUUUUUCUCCAAAAUUUAUCUUUCUUAGAAAUCUCAUUUACAACUACCUGUGUUCCAAGAUUCUUAUACAGUAUCUCAACUGGGAACAAAAUAAUAACAUAUAAUGCAUGUGUCAUUCAGCUAUUUUUUGCAGACCUCUUUGGGGUAACUGAAUUUUUUCUUUUGGCUACCAUGUCAUAUGAUCACUAUGUGGCCAUCUGCAAACCUUUGCAUGAUAUGGCAAUCAUGAGCAACAAAGUGUGCAAAACAAUGGUUAUUUGUUGUUGGAUGGCAGCACUUAUGAUUACCCUCCCACCACUUAGCUUAGGUUUUCAUCUAGAAUUCUGUGCCUCUAAUGUCAUCAAUCAUUUUGGCUGUAAUGCAUUGCCUAUUCUGAAAAUAUCAUGCUCAGACACAUCAUUAAUUGAGCAGAUGGUUGUAGCUUCUGCUGUAUUAACCUUUAUUAUCACUCUUGUAUGUGUAGUUCUCUCCUACAGAUAUAUCAUAAGAACAAUUCUAAAAUUCCCUUCUGUUCAACAGAAGAAAAAAGCCUUUUCUACCUGUUCUUCACAUAUUACUGUGGUUUCCAUCACUUACGGCAGCUGCAUCUUCAUCUAUACCAAGCCAUCUGCAAAAGAAGAGGUAAACAUUAAUAAAGGUGUGUCGGUGCUUAUUUCAUCCAUAUCACCUAUGUUGAAUCCUUUCAUAUAUUCUCUUAGGAAUAAAAAGUUAGCCUUUCAUGACUCACUCAAAAAAAUUGCAUUUCUCUUAAAAAAGUAA